GUUGAUAUUGUAAAUUAGAGUGUAAAUUUACAAAGUGCACUAAAAGUACUUCGAGGUUUGUGUAAAAAUGUCCGAUGAUCGACUUUUUACAACGAGCUACAGAUAUGAAGUUCCUAGCUCAAAUGCACAAUUUCUUCGCAAAUCGCUAGCAUUGCAGCGGUCGCGAAUUGAGGUAAGAUCAAAUUCCCAAAACCCGAACUUUGGAGGUCCUUCUCUCAAUAAUGAACAAACAAAAACUACUACUAGACUACUGCAUCUCUAGACCUUUCUAGACCUCUCCUCUUUACGGCUCCUUUUUAUAACCAUUGGAAAUGUACAUUAAGACCUUUUCACUGCCAGAAGUCUUGGAAAUUGGUUCUAACUUUUCGGUCUGAGGACACAUUGCUGUGGUGUGACCAUCCAGAUGAAAUCUGAAAUCAGCAGUACUUUCUCAUGGUACUAUUCAUUUGUUAGUAUGACUAACUUUUGAGUCUGCGGACGGCAAAAUUCUGUGGAGUGAACAUUCAAAUGAUUUUAGCUUUGGUAGUUAAGUGCUUGGAGAAAUUAAAGGAUUUAAUUAAGCGUACAAUGUGCUAGGCUCGAUUACCACCAUAGAUACCGGCGAAAUUCGAACCUAACAAUGCACAUAAUUCAAUUAAUCUUAGUCUAAACUCACUUUGCGUUGUCGUUUUUAACAGACAGAUGAAAAGAUUGCAAGUCGUAUAGACGCGGAAAACAAGUGCGUAAGACGCUCAUACAUUCUGAACUAUGUAAUCUUUCUUAAACAAUCAACAUUUGGCCGGGGAAGGAAUGAGGGGGGGGGGGGGGGGGGGCAAAUUAAUUAAAAAGGGCAAUGCUUCCCCCAAAAAAAAAAAAAAAAAAAAACAAAAAAAAAAAAACACAAAAAACACCAAACUAUGGUUUUUCACACCACCCAUAGAAAAAAACAUAUGACUGUACUUUCAUCAUAAUAUAAACAAAAAACUAAAAAAAAAACAAACAAAAUAUAAUUUAAUUUUAUCAUCUAUUUUGUUUUUUGUUUUUUAGAAAAAAAGAAAAAAAAAAAAAUGGAAGAGGGAGAAGAAAAAAAAAAAGAGGGGCAGACAGUCUAUAUUUUUAAUAUAUUAUUUUUUUUUUAAAAAAACACAAUUGGGGGGGGGGGGGGGGGGGGGGGGGGGGGGGGGGGCUAAUAUAAUUGAAGAGGCAAGCUCUCUCCACACAAAAUAAAGAAAACCAAAACAAACAAACAAAACCACUAAAAACGCUGAUUGUUGGUUUCUAACCGCGCCCUUGAAAAUAACGAAUUGAUUUGAUACUUUACAGUUAAUAAAUUUUCACUCGAUUUACGGCCUUUAAGCACAUGAAGGGAAAUUAGACUAUUAAAGAGGCAGAGACAAAGAGAUGCAUGAUUCACGAGAGGCGGCGCAUAAACUGAAGAAACCAUCACGGCGAAUUGGCUUUCACCUGAUUUUACCUUGAUACGGAACGUUUCCAUGCUUCCUAAUGUGUGUUGGUUUAUUUCCCCUUAGGGUUGCCAGCGAAUUGGAGAGGGCGCGAUGGUUUACCAGCUUAGAAGAGGUACAGUUAUUUUUGCUAUGUCGUUUAGUACAACCAAUCGAGGCACUGCACAGCAUUGAUUCCACAGUUUCCAGAAAUUUUGAUUGAUGCGAUCGAUUGAUGGUCUAACCUUUGAUAGUCAUCGACCAAAAAAAACUAACUCUUUUGAAUUUGCUUUUCAAACUGAUAUGCCAUUGUUUGGAGUUGAUAUCUCAUUGCAGUGUAAUUCAUGUUUUCAACAGGAUAGUGAAGAAAGAAGAGAGAAAAGGAAUUCUGAAAUGAUGGACAGUGAACUUAAGAUGGCAAACGAAGAGUUCAUGAAGGUAUCAAAAUAAGUAUCACUAUGAACAUUAUAUAUCCAACUGUUCGUGUUAGUGGUUAAUCUCUUUUCAGCGUCUGUUUGGUCGAAUUACAUUUAAAUAGGCUCUUUGCAGCACUGGGACAGAAAAAAAAGAAAGAUCGCAUCAUGUAAAAUGGUAAUUUACUUACUUUUUCUCCAAGUGCUUCUCUUGCUCUCCAGCCUGAAAAAACAUGGAGGUUUUGCAACCUCGUUCAGGGUUCUCUCGAGGUAAGGAAGAGAAAUGGGCAUAUUUUUUCCUUUUGAAUUUAGUUCGGCCGCAGUAAAGAUCAGCGUCUGAAUCAAAUUAGCUGACCUAACUUAUUCUGAGUUGACCUAAAUUUGCCAGGCCUUACACAGUUACAUACAAUUCUUACAUUUUAAUAAAGACAAAGCUUGGUCUUAUAGGAUAACGUUUUCGGUUUGAAUCUACUAGUUUGGUCGCGUCUAUUCUUAGUUAAACAAGGAGGAAAUCCGAGGGACCUAAUAAUAAUCAUUUCUUACAAAGUGGUUGCAAGCGGGUUAUGAUCAGCACUUACUCGCCUCUGGCCUAUCCGGGUAAUGUUUGCUUGUGGAAUACGAAAUCCUGGGCCUUGGAAUUCGAAAUACAGCUCAAGGAAUCCGGAAUCCCACUAACGAUUGGAUUCCAGAAUCCAAGUUCCACUGACAAAGACUGUAAUCCAUUACCUGGAAUCCGGAAUCCAACGCGUGGAAUUCACAAUUAAUCCAGGACUGUUUUGGAUUCGAUUACAUAGGGCGAUCUUACAAUUAUCGAUACUUCAUAUUCAAGCAAGUAUCGAUGCUUUUUCGGUAUUUUUCCAAAUACCGAUUAAUAUUAUAAAUUUACGUUUUUUUUCCUGUUCACUGUAGGUCCGACGAGCACAGUUGCAAAAGUUACUGCUGGACGAACAUCUGCAGUACGAAAAAGAACUUAACGGCACAGGAAAAGCUUUCUAUAAAAAGAGAAUUUAG